AAUAGAAAGCAAGUUUUUCUACACGUUUUUUUUUUGUUUUGACUUUUUCAUAUCUAUUUAUCUAAUCAAACAUGUUGUCUGUACGCACACGCCUUGCUUCUAUUACUAAACGUUCAUUUGCUACUGUUACGGAAGCUGCCAAGCCCGACCAAAAAUUUAAGGUUGUUGUUGUUGGUGGUGGCCCAGGUGGUCUUUCAGUUUCUUCCACUGUUUCCAAAUUAUUAGGCAAGAACCAAGUUGCUGUCAUUGAACCUUCAAGCAAACAUUACUAUCAACCUUUAUGGACAUACGUUGGUGGUGGACUCAAGAAUUUCAAUGAGUCUGUUAAACCUAUGGCUGAAGUCAUGCCCAGUGAUGCCGAAUGGAUCCAAGAUAAGGUUACCGAAUUCGAUCCUGACAACAAUACAGUUAAGCUCGCUGAUGGACAAGUGGUUGGAUAUGACUAUUUGGUGGUUGCAGCUGGUAUUCAAAUCAACUGGGAUAAAGUGAAAGGUUUAAAGCAGGCUCUUGGUAAGGACGGUGUGACCUCCAAUUAUGAUGCUGAUAGUGUUCAAAAGACAUACAAAUUCCUUCAAGAAUUCAAGGGAGGUAACGCACUCUUCACCUUCCCUAACUCUCCUCUCAAGUGUCCUGGUGCCCCCACUAAAAUGACUUUCUUGGCCGAAGAGGCUUUCCGUCUUUCUGGUGUCCGUGAUAAGACUAACGUUAUCUAUAAUACUGCUGGUGGUAAAAUCUUUGGUGUUGAUCAUUAUGGCCGUGUUCUUCAAAAAUUGGCUGAUGAGCGUAACAUCAAGUUGAACUUUCAACAUGAAUUGAUUGAAAUUGAUGCCGACAACCAUCAAGCAGUCUUCAAGAAUAACGCCAACAAUGGCGAGAUCUCAUCUUUUGAAUACGACUUUAUUCAUGUUGCACCACCUCAAGGACCUCCUACCUUUAUCAAAGAAAGUAAGUUGGCUGAUGCAGUUGGUUGGGUCGAUGUGAAUAAGGAUACACUCCGUCACAACAAGUAUAAAAAUGUGUUUGCUCUUGGUGAUUGCUCUUCUCUCCCUACUUCCAAGACCGCAGCUGCCAUUACGGCCGAAUCUGGUGUAUUGAAGCAUAACUUGAUUGCUGAUAUUCAAGGUAAGAAGGUGGAGCAAGCAGUGUAUGAUGGUUACACAAGUUGUCCCUUGAUUGUUGGCCGUAACGAAUUGAUCUUGGCUGAAUUCUCUGGCUACACCGGCCAACCUCUUGAAACUUUCCCCGUAGAUCAACGUGGUAUUAGUCGUGUCUCCCAAUUCUUGAACAAGGAAGUCAUUCCUGCUAUUUACUGGAACGGCUUAUUAAAGGGUACUUGGACUGGACCUGGUCUUUUCCGUCGUAUGCUUGAUCCCCUUCGUCCCAAGCGUGAUAACUAAAAAAACUAUAUAUUCUCUCUAUCCCUUACAUUCCCACAUCAUAAUAUUAAAUAAAAAAUCAAAGCCUUUAUAUUUUU